AUGCCUCCUAAUGACCGGAACCCUCGGCGGCGUGGCCCUGCGGACGCUGUGAUGGAUGAUGCAGUGCCCUUCCGAUUUCAAGGGCUCUCAGGGGAUCAAGAGCAGGACGAGGGCGAAGAGCAGAGGCGUCAGGUUAAAGUGUGCAGGCGAUCCAUCGAAGAUUCCGACGAGAUCCACGCGCGUAUCGCGAGGGCAAGCCAGAAGAACGCCAGACUUUCUGUCGCUGAGGCGACACUCGCCUCCCAGCAACAGCAUGUUCUUAACCCGCAAUACCCUCUCUUAUCCAAUCCAUCGGACCCCCACAGCUCCUUCACGUUCUCUUCGCCCAACCAGUCAGCUCUGCCCCUUGUUUCCAAGCGCCCCUCCCCUUCUCCAGAUCCCUCGCCCCAUCCCUUCUUUCCACUCUACAAGCGGCCGCAAGAACUACCGAAAGCCGGGAUCCCGUUACCCAUCCAUCCUCCUGCGCAGUCGAAGCUUCCGGCGCACGGCGGGUUCGGCGCAUGUCGUGAGCCUCCCACCAUGGUUGCACCCUGGCGCGAACGGGCGAUCGAGCUCGGCAUGGACGCGAACCUAAUUCGCCUCUUCAGCACCUACUCUCCGGCAUGUCGGUGCACCAUUCCGCGAACAGGGCUGGGCUCUCCCGACUCGAAUGGUCUUCUCGCUCGGCUAGGCGGCUUGACUCUGGCGUCUACCGAAUCUCUUGCUGCCAUGGACGUGGACGCUCAGCAAGGCAGCACGGCUUGGCUCGACGCGGACUAUGACAUGGACGCCGUACCGCUGGGCCCCGACAUCUCGAUGACCCCGCUUUCUGCCUGGGCAACCGGCCCCGAUACGGGCAGGUGGAUCUUCGUCUUCCGCCAGGAACUCCCACGCCGGGCUCCCACCGGCCCCGGGUACGGCUUCCGCAUCGCCUCUGCCACGCCGCGGCUCGUCCACGACAUGUUCGGGCCCUCGCCGCCGUGCUCGCAGGGCGGAGGACCCGGGGUGCGAGAAGUUCUUCUCCGGCCCGACCUUCACCACCUUGCGCUCCCGCGGAUCCUCGACUACGGCGUGGUCCCUGGUGCCUUCUCGGACGACGAGAACUAG